CGUUAACGAUACCGUAGUAUCAUUUUUUCAUUCACUUCCGUGUUUGUUUACAUCUUGGAAUAGGAAUAUAUUUCGUGUAUUCCUUCUAUCUAGCGAGAAAUUAAAACUGUAGACAUUAUGACGACACCUGCUAGACCUGCACCUCCAAGACCCCAGCCCAAGCCAGGUCAAGUGAAGGUUUUCAGAUCACUCUAUGCCUACACAGCCCAGCAAAGCGAUGAAUUGACAUUUGAUGAAGGUGACCUACUCUAUGUUACUGAAAUGACAAAUGAUGGUUGGUGGAAAGGAAGAUGUGGAAACAAAUCUGGUCUUAUUCCUGGAAACUAUGUUGAAGAAAGCAUGGAGUCUGUAGAUUACCCCCUCCACGAAGCAGCCAAACGAGGCAAUCUAGCCUUCCUCCAAGAAUGCAUCGCAAAUAAGGUAUCGGUGAAUAGUCUUGAUAAGGCUGGAGCUACACCUCUGUACUGGGCAGCGCAUGGUGGUCACAUAGAUUGCAUGAGGGCAUUACUAGCAAUACCAAAUUGUCAAAUCAACGCACAGAAUAAGAUUGGUGAUACAGCAUUACAUGCAGCAGCGUGGAAAGGUCAUAAGGAAGCAGUACAAAUACUCUUGGAAAAUGAUGCCCGAACAGACUUGCCAAAUAAAGAUGGUAAAAUUCCUCAACAACUAUCCUCAAAAGAUCCAGCUACAGCAGCACUUCUAAUACCCCAGAGGACUUCUUUUAUUGGAUAUGAUGACGAUGAUGAAUAUCUUGAUGAUGAUUCAGACUGAUACCACAGGAGUCUUGAAAGCAAUUUCUUGUGUGAUGUAAAUAUUUAUUUUUUUGUACAAAAAAACAACAGCAAACAAUGAAAACAGGUUCAUAUAGGGUAUAUACAUAUAUAAUAUAUAGGAUUUUAUAUGAAUUAUUGUUUUACAAUCGUGAUUCAGGUAGUGAAAUAUAUAAGGAAUGAAGUGGGCAACUUAAAUGGAUUGGACUGUUUUCACCAAGGUUACAACCAUCUUAAUCUAGAUCUGCAAUUAUUAUUUAAUUAUAUUACGUUUAUCAUCAUUAUUAGACAAAAUAUGAGAUUAAACACUGAUCAUGUGACUUGUAUAAAGUAUUUGAAGACUAUUUGCUGUUUUUAAAAGAGCACAACUUAUAAAUCACCCUCCGAGACUUGACAGGAUAUUCGAUAGUGCCUGUUUAAAAAGAGAAGUGUCACUGAAUUUCUGUAGAAUACCAUUUAAAAGCGAUGCCUCUUUGACCUUGAAAAAUACCUGAUCGUACCGAACAAUUAAUAUUCUUUCCAAUUAUCCAUUACAAAUUCAUAAUGUACACACAAUUUUCAUGGACCACUGACAAAACCUUUUUUCAAUAAAAAUUCACUUACCUUGGAUUGCAAAGGGGACAGGUCAAGAAAAAAAAACUCUUAUUGCAAUGCUAUUUUCAGUCUGAAAAUGUUUCAUGAUCUCUUUUCCAUUCUCAUAGGUUACAAUAUCGACUCAUUCCUAGGAAAACUUCUAAAGUGCUUUUUGUAACCCUGUCACAUCUUCAGGGUGAUUGAAAAUAGGAUAAUAUUUUACAUUCCAUUUUUUCAUUGAAAGUCAGAUCUGUUAAUUUGGGGUUUUCCACUGUUUGCACCAAUUGUCAUACUCCGAAAAGGUUCUUGAAUGAUACUAGCACUAAAACCUUUUUUUGUAUAAACUUGAUAAAUGAUUCUCUAUUUUGCAUUUAUGAAUUAUUUGAGGUUUAGUGUUAUAUCUACUAAGAUUUCUCAUGCUGUCUGAGGAAAAUAGACACUUUUCACACAUGCAUGGGAAAUGAUAUAUUUCACCUGGUAGGGAAUUGAGCAGAGAUGGAGAGAGAAUGAAAGGAAGGUGAGAGGGAGGAAUAACAAGUGAUAAAAAGAAAUACAUAGUAAUAGGGCUUGAAAUCAAUUUACAUUUCCAUGUGCAUUGAAACAAGGUCAUGUGACAGCCAAGAUAACAUGGAUAACAUUAAGCAAUGAUUCAACGAAGCAGGAUUAAAACCUUUUAAAUAAUUCAGGAAAUAUUUGCGCUUGCAUGUACAUGAUUGACCUGAUCCACAUUUGAUGCAUGAACUCAAUUUUGUGCAAGGACGUUUUGAAAAAAAUAUGUCCUCGGUCAACCAUAGCAGGAAAUGUAUUAUCAGAGUUACUUUAGACAGAUAAAGGUUGUUUCUUACUAUUUUGAUAAUUUCAAGGUCACAAUUUAUAUAGAAUUUUGCUAAUCACAUAGUUACCAAAUUAAGCUGAUUGCCCUGAAGAAUCUAUGAAAACACCAAAGAUUACAAUUAUAUACAAUGUUGAUUUCUUAAUGUGAUAUUCAAUUGCAACUGUAUUAAAUUAAGAAAUAUUAGUAAUAACUUCUGGAAAAAGACAAAAUUUCCAACCAUUACACCUCUUUUAAUCUGAAGUCAUGCACCACCAGUGCAAAAAGAUUUUUUUUUUGUAUGAUAUCAAAAUAUAAGACAAGUGGUAUAGACUUGUAGAUAACUAGUUAUUUUAUAAUGACAAGAAUAUAGUAUACAUAUAUUGAUAGAAAUAUAUAUGUGGAAUGUUUUAUUUUUGACAAGGUGCAACAAAAACAGAAGAAAUAUUUUGCGACAAAGUGGGCAGAGAAAAUAUUUAAGUAAUUUUUUUUGUCGGAAGUAUUUUUACUUCUGACUCAAACUGCUAUCUGAAGACGAGUCCUAGUCAAAUACGACUCUAAAGUUAGUCUUAUGUUGACUAUAUAGAAUGAAAACCUGCACUGUUCUAGUCCAAGCCGAGUAUAUUCCAGGGAAUAUGUAAUGAGUAUAUGUCAUAUUGAUUUUGUGUAACAUUUUGUUCAUUUAAGAAAUACUUGGUUUUAUUUUCAUUUCGAACAUGCUCCAAGUAUUCAGGUUAACACUCACUUUGAUGCACAACAUAAUAAUGUGUGUAUUAUAGAUUUACAGAUAUCGACUGUAUUUCAAAGAUGCCCUGAGGUUUUAUUAAAAAGCUUGUGGCAUAUUUCAUUUAUUACAGUAGAAAUAAUAAUUAUGAAAAUUGAUUUUUUGGAAUCCUUGAAAGGCCUGGAGCACUGUUGCAUAAAAGUUACAAGUAUGGUAACUACCAUAGUAACACAGAUCAUCAGCCAAUCAAAAUCAAGGAUUCCAUGCAAGUUACCACUGGAUGGCAAAGUAUCCAUAAUGGUAAAUUUUAUGCAACAGGGCACAGGAUAGGUCAAGAUGGGUUAAAAGAUUUACCGGGGACUCAUAAAAAAUUGAAUUAGUUGGCCAGAGGAGGGCUCAAAUCAACUUGUUAAAUUCACUAUCGUGGAUGCUUAUGGAUAAAACAGUUUUGUUACAUUUCAGCUAUUGUUUAAUUUUUCUUUCUUCUUUUCUAUGAUUCGAUUUAAUGUUACAUGACAAAGUUUACUGAAAUAUAUCAAAUUAAAAGCAUUGCAUUCCGAUACUUUGAUAGCCAUUCCACCAAUAUGCACUUCUUUUACUAAAAACUCUGCACUGAAGUGAGAGUAUUAUUUUUCCAGGAGAGACAAUUCUGGAAAUAAGUUGGUUUGGAUUGUCAUUCUGCAUUUAAUAGACUUUUCUUAUCAAACCAUUUACAUAUUAUUUUGAUAUACAAACAAUGUUAAUCAUAAUGAUGUUACACUGAUUUUACUUGUGGUAAGUGUAGUUGUACUGAUAAACAAGAAACCAAGUAAUUGCACUUCUAAAACAACUAUUUUUAGUGAUUACAUUACAUGAUUAAGGUAAGCUGGGCACUGCUCAUAUUAAUACAAUGUAUAGUCAAGUUAGAAAUACAUGUACCCUAGCCAAGUACAACAAGAAAAUAGAUGUACAGGUAGUAUUAAAUAUGAAUGGAACUUGUCACAUCCAGCUAAUUUUCCAGUCUUGUAAUUUUAAAGUUGCUUGUAUUGAGGGUGUCACAUAGAUGUGACUUUAACAGUGACCUUUGCAGGCUUAUUGAUUAAUUAUGUAAACAUCAUUCUUAGUACAUUUACACUAGAGGUUAUUAAUUAUUACUUGGAAUGUAUUGAUCAAUGCUCAUUGUUACAAACUGGAACAAUUUUGUCUUUCAUUACACAGUAAAUCAUCUAAGCAUUGGAUAUCAUAAAUAACAUAUAAAAUAUAAAUAAAUAUAGGUACAUUCUAUAUACAACUCAUUUGAUCUUUCCUUCCAUUUUGAACAAGAUUUUAUAAUAUUUUUUUUAAAUUGAAUAUGCACAUAGUAUAUAUAUCAAUAUAUGAUAAUCAAGAAAGCAACAACACUAUGUUUUUUUCACUUGUGGUGAUGUUCACUAUUUAAAAUUAAUUGUACUUCAAAGGUUAUGUCUUGACCCUACCAUAAAAAUACUUGGCAUUUAUUUAGAUAGAUAUGGACUCGAUGAGGAUAUUGCCUUAAUAAAUGAACAUUCAACAAACAAAAUAUGCAGCAAUUGUCUUCUUUUCAAUUUCAUUUAUUUAUGUAUUUACACUUGUUUAUUUGAGGUCUGUUUCCUCAACUUAUGCUAUCCCCUGAGGGCGCUUAAACAUAUAUUAUGUGCUUUAUAUCACAUUGGUACACCUUUGCAGUAGUCUAAUUUGUGCACAUUACAAACAUUUUUGUGACACGAUAUCCAUUGCAAUUUUCUAGCACACAUGAGUGUAACAUGAUAAUGAUAUAUCUUCAAUCUGUACAUUAACAAUUAUGAAUGUCUUUUUAAUUUAUGUGAAAAAUGCAAACAUGAAAAUACAUGUAUUUAAAUCUUUCUGUGUAAUGUCAUUUACAUUGAUCAUUAGUCACUUUUAUUAGAAGUUAGGAACAAUCCCAAGUAUAUCAUGUAUAUUUACAUCUCUUUACAUCUGGCUCCCUCACACUUUCUUUUGUUUUGAAAUAUCAAAUAUUUCAAUAUCAUACAUUUGAUAUCGAAUCAUUUCUCUAUGAAUCCAUAAUAGUGUGCUGAUGUUCCAUGAGACAUCAGAAUUUGUGUAACGUCAUUGGAGAAAAAAAUUGGAAACACUACAUUUAAUGCAAUACAAGAGAAAUAGGCAGUAUGUUAGGUGAGAGUGUGGUAAUUGAGGCCCCAGUUAGUUUUUAUCUCUCUGCUCAUGUUUCCCUGUGUCCAUGAGAUUGAUGUUUGUGUGGUAUUUGAGAUGGUUCUUUAGCACAUAACUUAACCUCUCAUAGUCACAUGCCCAUAGCCAGAAGGAGCACAAGCCUAUAUAGCAGCAUGUCAAAAUAAAAAUUUUGAAACUAACGUUGCCACUUUAGAGAGGGGAGUACUGUAACCACCCAUCUAAUGUGUAUUAACUUUUAUUUUAGUUUAAUUUGGUAAGGAAUUAUUGUACAUGCUAGUACUGUAGUAUUUAAUAUUCACCACUUUCUUUUUUCUGACUGGAAACCUAUGAAAUUAACAUGCCUGUUGGGGCAAAUGAGCCCCCCCCCCCUCUGGAUUGAAACAUAUUUAACACUGUAUGGUUAAAACAGUAAAAUUCCACACUUGCUUAUGUACACUAAAAUGUCCAUAACAUGAAGAAACAUAACU